AUGGCCAUAAACCGCGCAGCAGCUCACGGAGGGCCCCUCGUUCAUGGACCAUCACAUCCCCAAAUAAUCGACAAAACCUUCGGAGUUCUCCUCCGCGAACAGGCAAAGACUCGUUGGUCCUCACCCCUCGUCGUUUCCAAUCACCAAAACCGUACCUUGACAUAUGCGGAGGCCGACAAAAGGAGCGACCAUCUCGCGCGAGGCCUAGCUACAGUAGGAGUCAGGAAGGGCGACCGAGUCGCAAUAAUGAUGGGAAAUAUGGUGGAAUACGUCGAGUUGUUCUAUGCUUGCGCGAAGCUAGGUGCGCUCAUCACAUUGGCGAAUCAUGGGUACAGCGAGCAAAAAUUCCACUCCGUGCUCUCAUCGUGCGGAAGCAGCGUUCUGGUUAUGGUUCCAGGAUUUGACCGAUACGAUUACGAUCCCUGGAUUCCGCAUUUGAGGAAGAAUAUCAAGGGCCUCAAACAUAUCAUCAUGGUUGAUCGGGAAGAUCGGCAUUCAUUAUCAGGAUCUUACCAGGAUCUUAUUGCCACGGGAGAAACCUACCUACUAGAUCUCGACGCAAUUGAGGAAACCCUGGAUCCAAAUAAUAUCCUCAACCUCCAAUGCACAAGCGGAUCAACCGGGUACCCCAAAGCAUCAACCUUGACACACGGAGAAAUCUACAACGCAGGCCGCUUCAUCAGCGACACAAUGUACCUCGAAGUCACUGAUCGAGCCUGCACCUCCGUCACACUCUUCCACAGCUUCUGGCUCAUAAUAGACCUCGCCGUCGUCAGCGCUCACGGCGCCUCAAUCGUGCUCCCGGGCACCGUCUUCAACGUCGAAGAAACCCUUGCCUCCGUCACCAAGAACCGCUGCACAGGAAUCUACGGCGUAACAACCAUGUUCGUCGCUGGAAUAAGCCAUCCCCACUUCCAAAGCUAUGACAUGCCUUCCCUGCCCAAAAUCGUAGACCCUGCAACAAAUCUGAUGAUGCCCUGGGGCCAGAAAAGAGAGAUCGUGCUUCGUGGGUACGGUGUGCAACGGGAGUAUUAUAAAAACGAGGAGGGGCAUGUUGAUCCAGAAGGGUAUUUUGUCAUCACAGGCCGCAUUAAGGAUAUGAUUAUCCGUGGCGGGGAGAACAUCGCACCUCUUGAGAUCGAAGAACGACUGAUGGCGCACCCGGCUGUGGCACAGUGUGCUGUUAUCGGCAUCCCAGACCAGAGGUAUGGCGGGCAGAUGGCGGCGUUUGUGAAGACCCGAACAAUGCAGAUAUUGGUACGGUUCAAGCAGCCGAAAUAUGUUUGGUGGCUGGGAGGCAGGGAGGAGUAUAUGGUGUGGCCGAAGGCGGCGAGUGGGAAGUUGAGGAAGCCGGACUUGAGAGUUAUUGGGAGGAGGUUUCUUGAUGAGGGUUGUGUGCCCGGUCAGAUUUCAGCAAGGCUGUAG